AUGAAGUGUUUUCACUUCACAAAUGGCGACAAGAGAGACGAAGGAGAAAACUGCGUCGUUUCGAGAGCUUCCAGGCUCUCUUGGGCUCGCUCUCUAAGCGUCGCGUCUUCAACCGCUUCCGACCCGACUCGCCGGUCCGAGUUUGACUCUGACUGGAGUUUCUCCCCGGAGCGUUUUGGUUCCACUAAACCACUGAGUCAACGUUGGAUCGGUGGAAUAUCCGCCGCAGAGAACGAUCUAAAGGUAUUCACCUACGGCGAGCUGAAAUCGGCUACCAAAGGCUUCAGUAGAGCUCUUCUGAUCGGCGAAGGAGGCUUCGGUUGCGUUUAUAGAGGCGUCGUCGACGAUGGUUUCGAUUCGAAGAUCAAUGUCGCCGUGAAACAGCUUAAUCGUCAAGGUUUACAGGCAUGA